UGCGGCGGGGGCCGAGGAGGGACAUUUUAAAAGGGCCGGGGAUUGCAGGCAUCAGUGGCCAUGGCGGAGACUGCGGCGGCGGCAGCAGCGGCGGAAGCCGCCUCGACAGAGACCCCUCCUUUCCAGCUGGGCAAGCCGCGCUUCCAGCAGACUUCCUUCUAUGGCCGCUUCCGGCAUUUUCUGGACAUCAUUGAUCCCCGGACUCUCUUUGUCACUGAGAAUCGUCUUAAAGAAGCCGUGCAGCUGCUAGAGGAUUACAAGCAUGGGACGCUGCCGCCUGGGGUCACCAAUGAGCAGCUUUGGAGUGCUCAGAAAAUCAAGCAGGCCAUCCUGCACCCGGACACCAAUGAGAAGAUCUUCAUGCCUUUUAGGAUGUCAGGUUACAUCCCCUUUGGAACACCCAUUGUUGUCGGGCUCCUCCUGCCCAACCAGACCCUGGCUUCCACCAUCUUCUGGCAGUGGCUGAACCAGAGUCACAAUGCCUGCGUCAACUAUGCAAACCGCAAUGCGACCAAGCCUUUGCCUGCAUCCAAGUUCAUCCAGGGCUACCUGGGAGCAGUCAUAAGUGCUGUCUCAAUUGCAGUGGGCCUUAAUGCUCUGGUUCAAAGAGCAAACAAGUUCACCCCAGCCACCCGCCUUCUCAUCCAGAGGUUCGUGCCGUUCCCGGCUGUAGCAAGUGCCAAUAUCUGCAACGUGGUCCUGAUGAGGCACAAUGAAUUGGAGGAAGGAAUCGAUGUCCUGGACAGCGAUGGGAACAUCGUGGGCUCCUCGAGAAUUGCAGCCAGACAUGCACUGAUCGAGACGGCCUUGACUCGAGUGGUCCUCCCCAUGCCCAUCCUGGUUCUACCUCCAAUCAUCAUGUCCGUGCUGGAAAAGACAUUUCUCCUGCAGUCUCGUCCCCGGCUUCUUCUGCCCGUGCAAAGUUUCGUGUGCCUUGCCGCCUUUGGCCUGGCCCUGCCUCUCGCCAUCAGUCUCUUUCCACAGAUGUCAGAGAUUGAGACAUCUCAAUUGGAGCCAGAGAUUGCACUGGCCACAGCCAGUCGGACAGUGGUGUACAACAAAGGCCUGUGAGUGGAAGCAGGUCCUCUGGCCAGAGAGGCAAUUGAGCCAGAGGACCAAGUAGGGUGAGGGCUGGGGAGAGAAAAUGUCAGCCUGCCCUCCUGACUCCAAGUAGUUGACCAAGGAGUUCCAAGCUAAUACCACAUCACUAAUGUUGGAAAGGAAGUAACAUUUUCAGAGAACCACCACCUUACAGGAGGUUGGGAGGUUAAGACAGUCAUAUUUUAACAUAGGGAAGAAGGGGUGGGGGGAAAGCCUAGUGCAGGGGAGAAUCGGAUUUUAUAGAAAAGAAAUAUUAUAAUCAAGUGCAUUUCUGAGCCCUGGUGGGAAGCUUACAGAACCCAUCCCAGCACAAUCAUGAAUGAAGCUGGGAAUAAAUAUAUUGAAUGCCCUAGGGAGAAAAAUAAGGUAUUGGGGGUUUUAAAAUUUUUGUUUCUCUUUGUUUGGGGUUUUUAAAGUCAGAGUAGAGUCUUAACACUGGUUGAUGCUACAAAGAAGCCAUUUCAUAGAUGGUGGAUGUGCAUGGGAAUUGGUCGAAUGAACCUGUUGGGGUGGGGGUGGGGUGUGCAUCACAUGUUCUCCAGGGAAAACCUGAGCCCUAGAGCCCAAUCUUGCCCUGCCUAACCUGGUAUUCCCAGUAAACAGGAUUUGCGACAUGUGCCCUUUCCCCUACCCUUCUCUCCUUCCUUGAAGACCUGGAAUCCAACUGGACUGGAACUUGAGACCCUGGGGCCUUCCCAUGAAUGGAACUAGGGAAGAAUGUUCCUAUCCCCAGUAGCAACUUUCUACCCUCUAAACUCCCCUCCCCUACUGGGGAAGCUAUGGACCUGUCAUCAGGGGCACCAAAGCAAGUCUAAAUCCAGACCUUCUGGGAGACUGAGUGCCUCCACUUUGGUAGUUUGGGAAAGGGAGGCAGGAAGGGAGGCUACCAAGUAUAUGAUGACAUUGGAGGUUCCUUACAACUGUGAGUGAUUCCAAGGCUAAGGACUGAACCAUCCCUGCAAUAAAAUGUCAGAGGCACCUCAUGUGCUACAACAGGAGAGGGAUGAGGACUGGAGGGGGCUGGAGAAUGGAGGAAGAAAAUGAUAGCAAGCCUCCCAGGGUUACAGUCUAAGCUAGGGACUGACUCUCUGGAGUGCUCCCCUGAGCCCUCUGGGACAGACUAGACCUGGCCUCUGGCCCCACAUUCUAGCCAGGAGGGUCAGGAUCGGACAUAUCCGCUGGCUUGGGCAAUGGAACCACUCCAGGACUGCCUGGCACCACUUCUUCCCCCAUGGAGGCCCAUCACUAACGAGAUCUCAGAUGGCACCUUCCUGCCUAUCCAGUCACUCAAGCUGUACCAGUGGGUCCUGAAGUUCCCCCGUCCUCUGCUUCUCCCUUAUCUACUCCUACCUGAUGGAGGCAAGCUCAUCUAAAUCCUCAGAAGUGACCCAGACAUUGGCUCCCUCCAGCCUCCAAAGUCAUUGCAGCUCUAGGGGUGGAAAGAAUUCCCCUCUCCCUUCUUCCCAAGGAAAAGAGACCUAGGAGAUAAGAAUAUGCCACCCCCUUGGGACAGGGGCCAUGUAGGAAAAGCUAUCUGGGAUACAUCUGCCCAGAAAAGAUGCAACCGAGCCUUCCUCUCCUCUGGAGGACCAAUGGAGUUGGGGGCCACAAAGCAAUAAGACUCAACCUCAGGAUGGAUGUGCAACUGACCUGAAUGUUUGGGCCAAUUUGUGUUUAUUUCCCCCAGACCACUCUGCCUAAGCAGCAGCCUGCCCCCUUAGACCUGGACCUCCCUUGGAUUUGGGAAAACACCUGAAGCUUCUCCCCUCCCUCUCUUCUCCUGUUGCCCCUUUACUUGACUCUCCUCCCCAAGUGGCUUUUGAAUCAGGGGUGCCAGCGCUGUUGCUCCUGGCUCCGGUCUGAGGCUGGAUGCUUUAGCAGAAAGUCAAGAGCCCGGGGCUAGAGGUUUCAGUCCUGGCUUUUCCACUGAUUUGCUUUGUGCCCUUGGUGAAAUGACUUUCCCUCUCUGGGACUCAAUUUCCUCAUCAGUAAAAUAGGCCGUGGUAGGAGAAUAGGGACUUAUAUUGAUCUUAGAAUUCAUUUCUAGCUUCCACGUUCAAAGCUGGAUGAGGAGAAGUCUAGGCUGACGUCAGCCUGGGCGGAUCCUGUGAGGGUUCGUUUUCAGAAAGACCAACAAUUAUUAUCAAUGAUUAUGUCAAAAGAAAAAAAUCCCUGUUUUGAUAACCAUGAUGCCUCAGCUGGCUAAAGCAAGACUAGCCUCUUGGAAGGGAUCCCUGAUCCAGGCCAAACCUUAGCUAUGAUUUCAGGGUCCCUGCAGCCCUUUGUCCAUUCCUUAAAUGCAGUCAGAGCUCAAAAGGGAGAGAUUGCUGUGGCCUGGAGUGACCGCCUAUAACUUCUUAUUCCCUUACCUUAGGGCUAGGUCUCCUGUGAGAUGACCCCGUCUUCUAUGAAGAGUGACAGGACUGAAACAAGUCCUCUCUAUCCAGCUUGGGAAAAGAGGGAGCCCAACUGUGCCCUGUAGAAAUGGAGAGGAAAAUCUGGUCUAGUCCCCUUGGCUCCAAGCUGGACAGCAGCAGCUCCACCAGCCCAGGGGAGCAGGGGUGUGAUAGUCAGCUCACUUUACUCAAGGAGACUCCCUCCUGGCAGACUGAGCUAGGAAAAGAGGCCCAGAGAAGGGUAGCAACCUGCUGGAAGUCACACAGGAAUACAUUGAAGAUCAAGUUGGGGAUCAAGAUGGGUGAGACUCUCCCUUCUCUUCUGAAAUGUCAGCUUGUGGUACUAGAUAAUCUCUUGGUUUGUCAUUAGGGGGCAAGAGUGCCAACCCAGUUCCCCUGUCCGGUCUCUUUGACCCACCCAUGAGCCCUUUAGGGUGGGGGAGGCCAGAGCAUCAAGGGACAGAGAGAUCCCCAGAGCCAAGUAUAGAGGCCAAAGUCAGUGUGUCGGUCACAGGAGAAGGAGGCAAGUCCCACUGCUUGGUAACUAGUCUGGACUUGGUGCCAUAGUGACACUACCCUCACCCCCACCCCUGGUGGAGGGAGGCUCAAUAUGUGUAUUGGGGGAGGGGAAGAAGGAGAGGAUGUAUUCUUGAAUCUGGCCUAGAGCUGUCUCCUUUCUUCCCUACCUUGCCCUCGGCUGAGAAGAGUCAAUUCCACUAUAAUGUGAACUUCCUCUAAUUCCCAGGCUUUGAAUGACUGGGUUUGGGCACAGGGAGCUGGAAGUCCCCAGCUUCCCUUCCAAGAGAUUUAACUCAAAGCCUGGAGCCCUUCCCUGUCCCCCUCCAUUUAGAACUGUGCACUUUAUCUUGGGACACAGCUGCUAGCGGACAUCCCCCGAGGAGAUGGAGAGGGAGCCGCCAAACCCCACUAUGCCAGUGGCCUCAACUUCUGACUGUCUCUUUCCAUUGUCUUCCAACUGAUUUCUAGCAAUCUUAACUAAGUCAGGUGUCUUUUCUAGAAGGUGGGAAGGAUGAGGGAGAUGGUGGAGGUAGUGGAGGUGGCAGAAACCUCCUUUCCACACAAGCUGAAGAUGGGUGGAGGAGUGAUCUGCCUUUCUCCCAACCACUCUGAUCCACCAUACCCCCACCCCCACCCCAACCUUGCUAGGGAAGCAGCCUUGCAGAUAACCACUGGCCCAGAAUUUUCCUGCUUCUACCCAGGCCAGCAGAAAAGAAUGUUGGCAGGCAGGGGAAAGGGCAGAAUGCUCCCUGGUCCCUUGCAGGUUGAUGGAGGGUGCCAAGUCUGGGGGGCAGGUGGGCAGAAGCAGCUUCAGCAACUACUGAACUCAGGGUUUUGGCUGCCCUGUGAAAUAGCCCAUCUGUAGAGGUUUCUCAUCUUUCACCCAGCUGCUUCCAGAUCUCCCACAGAGAUGCAGGAUUGCUAUUCUCCCCAGGUUGGGAGGAUGGCCCAUUUGGGUCAUUCAGAUGACCAGGUCCCAAGGAUCAGACAUCAAGAGACUCCUCUAGAGGAGGAGAAUGGACCAAUCAAUGUGUCUACCCAUCCGCUCAUCAUCUUCCUUCCCUGCUCCAGCCUGGGUCCCUGAUCCGGACAGCCUCAGCCACUGUGUGUUAUCACGUCUACAAGAGUACCUUCAUGUUCUGUUUGGGGGGGGGGGGCGGGGAGGGAGGGGUGAGCCUGUUCCAAAUGGCCAAUUGUCUUCCAGCCCAGUCCAGGGUUUAAUGUGAAUAACUGUACCGCCCUAUGUACCUCGGUCAGACCAGGGCAUUUGCCAACCAUGGGCAUAGAGUCUUUUUAACCUUCUGAAUCAAUUUCUCAUUCUCUGUGAUUUAUGUAACACCAAUAAACAUCGAGGAAUAAAAAGGAGUUUUAAAGCCCUAA